UCCAUUUCGUACAUUUUCCGGUAUUACAAUUAAUUAACAUUAAUCCGGUCAAUUAAUACAAGAUGGCACAAAAUCUAUAAACUUAUUCAAUCUUUGUAAAUCGUUCAGUUUCCGGACUCGUCUCGUAUCGUCAAAAAAGUUCAUACGAUUUUGUUAAAACGAUUCCCACGUUAAGUUUUCGUUACAAGCCAUACGUAUAAUUUAUCGUUUCCCAAACGAGGAACGCGGAAUUCUAACUGACUCGGUGGAACGUGUGGUACAGUGAAGCAUAAAGCACGAGUUCUUAAUAUUCCGUCAAAUUUUGAUCAAGAUCAGUGCAUGGAUAGUCUAAAUUUCUCCAUCGUUCCCGACCAAUCUAGACGAUGCCCGACGACCUUAAAUCGCUCAGUUCAGAAUGUUCCCCGAGAAGACUUGCAAAGAAGAUCGAGAGCUGCAUCUACAGAAACGCGUUGGACGAGGAGCAGCGUGCCCAGAAAGCCCUCUACCUAUUGCAAGCGCGGGACCGUCGGAUCGCUUUGCUCGAGAAACGCGUAGCCGAGUUGGAGGACGCUGCGACGAAUCUUCACGAGCUCACCCUGCGAAACUCGUCGAGGGGCUCGAUGCUGGAGCUCGACUCGACCAGCGAGAAGGUGAGAAGUUACAACGAGGCCUCGUGCAAGAGCGAGUGCUAUUUCGACGACGUUAAUUCGACGGGGCGGGGCGAGAAUGCGAUGAGAGGAGGAUCGCGGGAGGAUCGCGAUGACCCCGGGCGUGUCUCGGUUCCGUGCCUGGAUCUGUCGAAAUCGUCCGAGUCGGCGUCCGACAUAUUCUCGACCGCCAUCGAUUUCGUGAUGGAGAAGAGGAAGUGUUUCGCCUCGAACACCUCGUUCUCCAUGGAGGAAGAGGUCACAGAGCGGGAGGAAUUCAACGAUGGGGAGAAUCUGGGGAACUCGAAGAGCGAGAUAAAGAUGGCGGGCGCGGGGAGCGGCAGCAACGUGGAGAGCGGCUCGGGGAGGAAGGAAGAUUCGGUCGGGGGGGGGAACAGGGGCGAUUUCGCUUGUGAGAAUAAGAAUAAGAAGAAGAAUUGCGUGGGUAUGAGGAGCGAGGAGAAGGUUCGCGGCGCUUCGUGCAACAAGUAUCAGAGAUCGAAUUUUCCGAGGUUGACGUCAAGCGUGCCGUGGAUAAGGGCGAAGCACAGCUUCCGCAAGAAGCUGCGCGGCUACGAGCUGAAAACCGGGAAACGGAUCAAGGACGUGUGUUACGGGGACGGCCAUCUCGCUUUCGCCGCGUUUCAGACGAACGAGAAUACUUCGGCAGAUCGACGACAGGGGGAGGGUGAAGUAGUCGACAUUAACAAGUGGCGCGGCAUUCGACUACUAUCACAGAUUGGUGUCGAACGAUGCGAUAGCCCGCGAGAGGCCGCGUCGUGUCCCCGAACCGGUAUGCCGAAUCGAAAAAAGUCUCAACAACAUCGAGUGCGUGUCGCACGAUUCCGAGGACACCGAUUUCACGGCAGAUACAUUAAUGCCGGGACCCCAGCUCGUGCACGUUAG